GGUAUUUAAGGGGUGAGGCGGAGCUGGAGAUGCUGGAAGUUAAGUGGCGGCGGUCGGGAGAGGAGGAGGAGUGUCUGCAGUGCGGCCCCGGCUCUGACACACACCAGCAGCCGGCUCCCGGGGAAGGGCCGGCGUCCGCGUCCGCGUCCGCGACCGCGUCAGCCAUGAAUAUCGUGGCGGAGUUUUUCGUCGUGACUUUCAGAGUGCUGUGGGCGUUCGUGCUGGCCGCUGUCAGAUGGGUGAUCAAGCCCAAGGAGAAGAGCGUGUGCGAUCAGGUGUGCCUGAUCACGGGAGCGGGCAGCGGGCUCGGCAGGCUCUUCGCGCUGGAGUUCGCCCGCAGGAAAGCCGCCCUGGUGCUGUGGGACAUCAACCAGGAGAGCAACGAGGAGACGGCCGAGAAGGUCCGGCAGCUGGGCGUCCGGGUCCACACUUACACUUGCGACGUGAGCAAGAGGAGUAGCGUCUACAGGACUGCCGAUUUGGUGCGGAGGGAGAUCGGCGACGUGACGGUGCUGGUCAAUAACGCAGGUGUAGUGUCCGGGCACCAUCUUCUUGAAUGUCCCGAUGAACUUAUCGAGAGGACCAUGAUGGUCAACUGCCAUGCACACUUCUGGACCACCAAGGCAUUUCUUCCCAAGAUGCUGGAAAUGAAUCAUGGACAUAUUGUAACAGUCGCAAGCUCCUUAGGAUUGUUCAGUACUGCUGGUGUUGAGGAUUACUGUGCUAGCAAAUUUGGAGCAAUAGGAUUUCAUGAAUCCUUAAGCCAUGAGUUGAAGGCAACUGACAAAGAUGGGAUCAAGAUGACACUAGUUUGCCCCUAUUUGGUGGACACCGGUAUGUUCCGUGGUUGCAGAAUAAGAAAAGAAUUUGAGCCCUUUCUUCCGCCUUUGAAACCGGAGUACUGUGUGAAAGAAGCUAUGAGAGCCAUACUCACAGACCAACCAAUGAUUUGUACACCUCGACUAAUGUAUACUGUAACAUUUAUGAAGAGCAUUAUGCCAUGGGAAGCAGUCGUAUGCAUGUACCGUUUUUUGGGUGCAGACAAGUGCAUGUAUCCAUUUAUUGCAGAGAGGAAACAGGCUUUGAACAACAAUGAGGCCAAAAACGAAAUCUAAAGCAAAACUGAUCACUGCAUCCUUUGGGACCCCUUCCAAGUGAAUGCAAUAUUUAGCUCACCAUCUCCAUACAAUUCAGAAUGACAAACAUUUGCAGUGAUUGGUUGGUUGAACUUGAUGCAAAUGGCUGUGAAACUUCAGCUUCCAUGAUCACUGUGGAUAAAAUGGUUACUGUACCUGUGUAUUAAAUCACAAGAUAAAUGUAUUAUGCAUUAUGCCAAUCUUUUUAACUUUUCUAGUGAUUAGACUUGUACAUGUUGAUGUCAACUGAGAAAAGCAAGGUUUUGAUAAUUUUAACAUUUUACCUUACUCAUCAAUGCCAUUGUGUUUGUUGAUAGAGCUGUAUUGUACAUUGUGUUGAACUAGAGAUUGGAUAAAAAAUACUUUAGAAUAUUCCACUUAUAACUUUUUAAAUAGUAAAUGCACUGUACUUAUUGACAACUUGGUUCAUCUUAUUUACUUCUGUAAAUCCUUGAUUAUACCAAUUAUAACAUUAUUACUUGUAAAGCAUUGCAAAUAUCUCCCAAUUAAUUUUGCAGAACGAAUGUGCUCCUAUUCAGCACAAGGAACACUUUUUUUAGGAAAAUCUUAUUGGUGUGCCUUUUUAAAUCCAGUUUAAUUAUUGUCCUAAUUUCUGUGGAUUAGUGGUCCAUUUUUUUAAAGACCUGAAAUUUCUACCUCCUUUGUAUAUCUAUUUGUAGAA